AAGAAGAAGAAGAAGAAGAAAAAAAUGGACGUGAAAUACUGGUUGUUUUGCAGUUAAAGAGUUGAAGCGCCCAGAUUUUACAACCAGUUGAAGAAAGCUACACGAAUUUUAUGUGAAGUAAUACGUCAAAGAUAUUGAAAAGAUGACAACAGAAGCAGACAAGGAAGAAGUGGAGGCUGCCAUGCAGGCCAUGAUGGAUGACAGCUUUGAGGAGGACCUGCCUGAAGGAUGGGAUGAAGGAGGAGAAGAUGACCACAAGGAUGACUUUCCUGAUGAUGAUUUUCCUGAUGAUGACUUUCCUGAUGAUGAGUUUCCUGAUCAGUUUCCUGAUGAUGACUUUGAAGGAAUGGAUGACAAGAAAGGGUCAGCACUGGACUGUACGACAGUAUACGAGGAGGAGACACUACCCUCGGGAAUCCCUCCUCCUUCCAAGCACCACUUGGAAAUGCUUCAGAAGGCCUUUGGCCACGCAUCCUUUAGGCCAAUGCAGUGGAAGAUCAUACAUGCUGUGUUGCAAGGUCUUGACAACUGUGUAGUGAUGGCAACAGGCUACGGAAAGAGCUUGUGUUUCCAGUUCCCGCCAGUGUACACAGGGGGUGUGGCAGUGGUCGUCUCACCUUUGAUCUCCCUUAUGCAGGACCAAGUACUAGCUCUUCAGGCCUCUAACAUAGGAGCAUGCUACUUAGGGAGUGCUCAGAAAAAUAAGUCUGAAGUGUACACAGAGAUGUUUGCAGGGAUGUACAGAAUUGUAUACGUCACUCCAGAAUUUAUCGAUGCCUGUCCUGAUGUGUUGAAGACACUCAAUAAGAGAGUUGGAAUAUCACUGUUUGCUGUGGAUGAGGCUCACUGUGUAAGCCAAUGGGGACAUGACUUCAGGCAUACGUACAGGCGACUGGGAGUUCUCAGGACGGAUUUUCCGAAGAUUCCCAUUUUAGCUGUCACUGCCACAGCUACUAAGACGGUGCGGGAGGACAUCUGCACGUCUCUUGGCCUAAGGUCACCAGAGAUUACCAUCACCAGUUUCGAUAGGCCGAACCUUUAUCUGGAGGUGAAGAACAAAGUGAAGGGUAUUGUGGAGAACUUAACUCCCUUCUUGGUCAAAGAAAGUUAUGGGAGAUACACCACAGAUGGACCUACCAUUGUGUACUGUCCCACUAAGAAAAGUACUGAAGAGGUGUAUCAGGCUUUGGCAGGUUUGGGUGUAAAAUGUGUAAAGUACCAUGCGGGUAUGACACCAUUGCAGCGAGACGAAGCACACAAGCAGUUUAUGUAUGACAAGAUAUUUACUCUAUUUGUAGAAUUCAUUAUUUGUGAAAUACUUAGAAUGCUUAAGGUAGGGUCUAACAAUCGAAUAGAAGUUUCCCCACACAGGUACAUAUAUCAGAAGCAACCUAGUGCAAAAUGA